AUGGAAGAAUCUGUCAAUUUCGUCAAAGGCUACGGCAAAAUCGAUCCUUCCGACGACGAUACAACCGCCGUUCACCGUCAAUCUCCGUCACCUAACCGCCGUAAAACCCUCACCAUCGCCGUUACCGUCACUCUACUCCUUUUCGCUAUAAUAAUCGCCGUAACAAUCGCCGCUGCUACAACGGCUCACCACCAACACACGAAACAGUCGCAACCGUCGCAAUCGCCGUCGCUCAAGUCAUCGGAAUCGAUCAAAACCGUAUGUGCAGUCACGCAACAUCCAGACACAUGCUUCACCGACGUCGUUUCCGUUAAUUCCGGCAACAAAGCCGUCGAUCCGGUGGUGAUUUUCAACCUAACGCUUCAACUCGCCGUGACGGAGCUAACGAACGUCUCGUCGUUGCCUAAAACCCUAAUUUCGAACUCGAACGAUUUACGAACCGGAUCCGCGUUGCGAGACUGUGCGAAUCUGUUUGAUGACGCGGUGAGUCAACUGAGUCGGUCGGUUGAGUCGAUGCGUGGUGAGUCGGUGUUGACGGUGGAGAAAGUAGGGGAUUUGAAGACGUGGAUUAGCGCGGCGAUGACGGAUCAGGAGACGUGUGUGGAUGGAUUGGAGGAGAUGGGAUCGACGGCUGUGGAUGAGGUGAAGAUGAAGGUGCAGAGAUCGAGUGUGUGUAUGAGCAACAGCUUAGCAAUUCUCGGUCAUAUGGAUGAGAUACUUGAGAAAUUUGGGAUGCAUUUGCAUUGA